UUCUCAGAUAUAUUUUAUUUUUCUGCGUCAUCAUCAUCAUCAUCUUCGUAUCUGGAUUAAGAUAAUCAGGCAUGGAGGCCAUGGAUAUAGACACAGUGGAAGACAAGAAGAUUCAACAAAGCCAAUCAGUUGCAGAUAACAACGUUGUUUCUGUCGUUAAGUUGCUUCCUAACGACCCUGAUUCAUGUCUCCAAUCAAACACUGUUAGUCGAAUGGUAACCGCAACUGGGUUUCGGGUUUCUUCCCUGAUCGGCUCACGUGAUCAGUUUGAAGAAUCUGAGCCCGUUAAGACCCAAGUGAAGGAGGAGCCUCUGUCGAAAGUUAAGGAAGAGCCUGAUUUGGGUCUUCAGAGAAACGUUUUGAUGAAAGAAGAUAGUGGGAUUAAAGUAAAGGAGGAGCCUGAUUUGGGGUUUGACAUUAAGUUUCCAGUGAAGGAAGAAACGGCUUCGGGUUGCAGGGAGGAAGCCGUUGCCGAGAAGUUUGAUUCAAAGUCAAGGAUGUCUUUUGAUGAGUUUCUUCAGUUCACAAAUACAAAGGUUCAAUCUCUUGAUGACUCUGUCAAAACUCAGAUCAAAGAAGAGUCUCCUGGUCCUGUUUCUGUUGCUCAGGUCAAGGCCUGUGAAAAUGCAAAGGUGAAAUCAGAAAAUAAAAACUCUCGGUUGGUGAAAAAGGAACCCGGUUUUGAGUGUUCUGAAGGAUUGGGAAAACCGACUGAUGUAAAGAAAGAGGGUUUUGAAGAGAGAAGAGUGAAUGGUGUUUUGGUGGAAGAUGGGGAGUUUCCUGAAGAUCCAGAUUGGUAUUUGGUUGGAAGGACGAUGGUCAAUGCAGUUUCAACAACUAAAGGGAAGAACAAAUUGCUAGAUAAUGAGAUUGUUUACUUCACUUUCCCUUCUCCAGCAGCCAGUCACAAGCUUCAGUCUAUAGUUCGCUUCUCAACUAAGCGCUGUGGAGUGAUUGGUCGGCUUCCAAUGGAUUGGGGUAAAUGGGUAAAUCCCCUUGUAUAUUCCAAUAAGGUUAAAGUUAUUGGUCGGUGUAUAGCUGCUCCAACAACACUUAGUAUUAUGCAAGAAAUCAUGCUAUUUGUAAGCUUCUACAUUCACAGUUCUAUAUUCACAGAGGGUGACAAGUCUUCAUGGAUGUUUGAUGCACCUUGGAAGAUGGAGUCUACGCUUAACCCUCUGCUUAAUCUAUUCAAACACCUGAAUUUGAGACCAUAUCAGAAGGCUGACUUCACUCCAGAGGAACUGAGUUCUGGCAAGCGUGUUCUCCAUAUAGAAGAUGAUUAUGGUGAAGCGGAAGGAGCUUUGCCCAUAGCAAAACGAAGAAAGAGUUGUUUGGAGCAGAAUAAAGAUGAACAAGAUAUUUCAGAGGCAUCUUUUAAUAAGAUUUUUGGUUCUGCAGAUGCAUACAGUUUGGAGGAAAUGGAGCCCCCAUACACACUCACAUGUGAUUUGAGACCGUACCAGAAACAAGCUCUGUACUGGAUGUCUGAGUCGGAGAAAGGAAUAGAUGCUGAGAAAGCAGCACAAACUCUUCAUCCAUGCUGGUCUGCUUAUAGCAUAUGUGACGAAAGGGCUUCCUCAAUCUAUGUAAAUGUGUUCUCAGGAGAAGCCACAGUUCAUUUCCCCAGUGCUAGGCAGAUGGCCAGAGGAGGAAUUCUAGCAGAUGCAAUGGGUCUUGGAAAGACUGUGAUGACGAUUGCGCUAAUCCUUGCAAGACUUGGUAGAGGAAAUCCUGCUAAUGAAAAACCUGAUUCCAGGAACGCGGAUGAUAGCAGAAGCACAAACAAAAAGAAAGAUGCUCAUGCAAACACCCCACGUAGAGCAAUGGGAGGCACUCUUAUUAUUUGUCCCAUGGCUUUGUUAAGCCAAUGGAAGGAUGAGCUUGAGACCCACUCAAGGCCUGAAAGCAUAUCAAUUUUUGUUCACUAUGGUGGUGAAAGAACCAAUGAUCCCAGGGUUAUCUCAGAGAAUGAUGUGGUCUUGACGACAUACGGGGUCUUAACUGCUGCUUAUAAAAGUGAUGCCGAGAACAGCAUUUACCACAAGGUUGACUGGUAUAGGGUGGUCUUAGAUGAAGCUCAUACAAUUAAAUCCUCAAAGACCACAGGAGCUCGAGCUGCAUUUGCAUUGUCUGCACACUGCCGUUGGUGUCUCACUGGAACCCCGCUUCAGAAUAAUUUGGAAGAUCUCUACAGCCUUCUAUGCUUCUUGCAUGUGGAGCCAUGGUGCAACUGGGCAUGGUGGAAGGCAGAGAUUCAAGGACCUUAUGAGAAUGGUAAUCCAACAGGAUUGAAAUGGAUCAAGGCUAUAUUACGGCUGCUGAUGUUGAGAAGAACAAAGGAAACAAAGGAUAAAGAAGGAGGGCCCAUUCUUGUUCUCCCUCCAACUGAUAUUCAAAUCAUUGAGUGUGAGCAGUCAGAAGCUGAACGUGAUUUCUAUGAUGCUCUAUUCAAAAGAUCUAAAGUUCAGUUUGAUCAAUUUGUUGCACAAGGCAAGGUUCUUCACAAUUAUGCAUCCAUUCUUGAGCUAUUACUUCGACUGAGGCAGUGUUGCAACCACCCUUUUCUUGUUAUGAGUCGGGCUGAUUCACAGCAGUAUUCAGACUUGAACAAACUUGCAAGAAGGUUCCUUGAAACUCUGCCUCAUUCUGUCUCUCCAGAUCAAAAUGCCCCUACCAGAGCCUACAUUGAAGAAGUUGUUGAUGGUAUCCGGAGGGGUGAAAACAGAGAGUGUCCAAUUUGCAUGGAGUCUGCAGAUGACCCCGUGCUCACACCUUGUGCUCAUAGGAUGUGCAGGGAAUGUCUCCUCUCAAGUUGGCGCACACCAACAGUUGGGUUAUGCCCAAUCUGUAGGACAGUGCUGAAGAAAAGUGACCUCAUAACUUGUCCAACUGAUAGCAAGUUUCGAGUAGACAUUAAGAAGAACUGGAAAGAGUCUUCAAAGGUUUCAAAGCUGUUAGAGUGCUUGGAACGCAUUCGCCGGUCAGGUUCUGGUGAGAAGAGCAUUGUGUUUAGCCAGUGGACUUCAUUUCUAGAUCUCUUAGAAAUCCCAUUAAGGAGGAGAGGAAUUGGAUUCUUAAGGUUUGACGGAAGACUGGUGCAAAAACAAAGGGAGAAUGUUCUGAAGGAGUUCCGCGAGACAGGAGAUAAAAUGGUUUUGCUUAUGUCUUUGAAAGCUGGUGGCGUGGGCCUGAACUUAACUGCAGCCUCUAAUGUCUUCUUAGUGGAUCCAUGGUGGAAUCCUGCAGUGGAGGAACAAGCAAUUAUGCGAAUUCAUCGUAUUGGACAAAAGAGAGCAGUCUCUGUUAGAAGGUUCAUUGUUAAGGACACAGUGGAGGAACGCAUGCAGCAAGUUCAGGCCAGGAAGCAGAAGAUGAUUGCUGGUGCCUUGACUGAUGAAGAAGUCAGAUCAGCCAGGAUUGAAGAGCUGCAGAUGCUUUUCAGAUGAAUUCUUCAUCCAUCUACAGGUAUUAAUCUUAAUUAGGACUGGUACUUGAGUUAGUAUCAACCCUAAUUUUUUGUAAAUGAUAUGUACUUAAGAGAGGACUAAAUUACAAAAUGCUUGAAAGCCCAUUUUUGUAAAUUUUGGCUAGUAUCAAUGGCAAUUAUACUCUCUUCUCUAGUAUGAGAAUAUUUUGACUAUUCAACAGAAUAAAAUGCACCCCUCACAGUGUCUUUUUGA